AUGAAAGCUAUAAUCCAAAGGGUGCUGUCAGCCUCCGUGACGGUUGACAAGGAAGUCAUCUCGUCGAUUGGCCGCGGAGUGCUGGUGUUUGCUGCCGUGGCACCAGGAGACUCGGAGAAGGAGGCCCAACAGAUGGCCAACAAAGUCCUCAAGAUGAAGCUCUGGGACGACGACAACGGUGGCAGGUGGAAAAGGAGCGUUACGGACAUGAACGGAGAAGUGCUUUGCGUUUCCCAAUUCACGCUACUGGCCCGGACCAAAAAGGGAACCAAGCCCGACUUUCACGGUGCUGCAUCGCCUGAAGACGCCAGCCGGCUCUACCACUACUUUGUGGACAAGGUGAGGGAAGGGUAUUCUGCCGACCGUGUCAAGGACGGCAAGUUUCAGGCCAUGAUGGAAGUGGCCUUGGUGAAUGACGGGCCGGUUACGCUCGAGCUGCAAGCGGGGGGCCAUGGCGGCGGCAGCGUAGAGGAUAGAUGA